AUGGAAGUUAUGAAACACUUCGCCGAAGUGGUCGGACGCGCGACGCCUGGUAGGCUGGACAAGGAGGAGGCCCUGGAUAAGAACAAGGAACGGACAACAGCCAAGACGAUACCGAAUAAGAUUCGAAAAUUCAUGUCGCAAUGGCAGAGGAAGACUCACCUUACCAUCCCUAAAGACGUUCAUGACUCGAUGGCUCCUUACAUCAAACAUGUGCUUAGACACAAAAUUCCGCUGUCCAUCGAGGAGAAAGAACCCACCUAUUUGACAAUAGAGAACUAUGUCGCCAUGGAAGAGUUCCUCUGGCUGAACGAUCAUCACGACUACGCCCAUGAAGCGAGCCGAGUGGACUGCAGUGCCCCAUUGAAGAUGCACUGCUACACCUCUGCGAGACUACAAGAAAUCUUCAAGGCAAAGUACAAGGUCUGA